GCGAUAGCGAGGGAGAGUGACUGCGGUUGAGCUGCUGCGGAUCAGUGUGGAAGCUCAGCUGGUGAAGGUAACGCCAACUCAGCACACACACACACCUCUCAGGAACACCAUAUCCAUCCACCAGAAAAGAAUGUCGAGUGAUUUUCCUUACGCCAUUGAGCCCUUGGAGGAGAAGGAGAAUGACGCUAUCAAGAAGGACUUCACCGGAUACCUGUCGGGGGCCGUGAGGGUGCAGCCACGGGGGUACUUCUUCCAGGGGAUCUACCGCCAGUACGCCCACCAGUACUACACCCUUCCCCUGAGAACCACGGACGUCUUCGUAGCCUCGUACCCCAAGAGCGGAACCACCUGGACGCAAGAGCUGGUCUGGCUUCUCAUGCACAACCUUGACUAUGAAGGAGCCAGAGAACCCUUGGAUGACAGAUUUCCUUUUGUUGAGGCCGAUCACGUGCUGGACGCUGCCGUGUUUCAACGACCAGAAUUAAAGGAAAAACUGAAAUCGCUGCCCAAACCUGGCGAUCGUCUGGCGCAGGUCCUCAGACUCGAGGAACCAAGAUGUAUCAAAACCCAUAUGCCCUUCUCGCUCCUCCCGCCCAAAAUUCUUGACACUUGCAAGGUAAUAUACGUCGCGAGAGAUCCACGAGAUGUUGUAGUGUCGUAUUACCAUCACCACCGGAUGUGGAUCACGCACGGUUUUCAGGGAGAUUUCAGGCCGUUCUUUAACUACUUCAUUAAAGAACAAGUUAUGUGGUCCCCCUUCUGGGAGCACCUGCGAGAGGCCUGGGAGAGACGUAGUCAUCCAAAUCUCCUUAUCUUGACAUACGAUCAGCUGAAGAAAGACUUACCUGCUGUCAUCAGAAAGGUCGCUGGCUUCCUUGGCAAAGAAGUGUCUCAAGAAGAAAUAAACAGACUGACAAAGCAUCUGCAUUUCGACUCCAUGAAGAACAACCCCGCGGUCAAUGCUGUCGAGGAUGCCUCCACGGGCCUCCUGGACUUGAAGGAAGGAGGGUUCGUGAGGAAGGGGAAAUCUGGAGGCUGGAAGGACUAUUUUGAUGACGAGAUGAAAGAGAAAUUUCAUGCGUGGAUGCUGGAGAAAGGUGGCAACUUAACGAAGGAAUUCAAGUGGAUGGAAUGAGCUGUAUUCCGCUUUGCAUAAGGCUGACCCAUCCAUGGAGCUGCCACCUCGGGACCAAUCCAGCUAUCUUCUUCCAAGUUCCGUUGACGUAAGAUCGAUCUAUCUCCAUCUAAGGAACAUUGAUUCAUGCUCAAUUAUUUAAAGGUAAUACCCUCGCUAGUUCCCCGGUAUUACAUUUCGACGCAGAAAAUACGAAGUCUUGGAAUCAUAUGGGUAGUACAAUGAAAGUACAUGGAAGUAGAUAAUUUUGUUACUUUUUUUAACGUUCAAGUUUUCAAUGUAGUUAUAGAUCAUCGUUCAGAGGUUACGUAGGUUAAUGACACUUGUACAUAGUGGAAAUAAAUGAGGAGCAAAUAUUAGAUUCGGUAUUGUAUUGACUUGUUUUAAAUGUAUAGUUAUAUUACUACUACAUACAAAAAUAAACUUUCAUGUAUAAUGUGCAUAAGCUUGGUACCAAAAAAAGGUGCUUUGAAACUGACAGGGUUCUGUGAUUUUUUACAAGAUUUACGGUUUGUUACAUAUUUCCUAAUAUAAUUUACGAAUGUAUCUGACAUCCUUACGUGGAAUUUUGUUUUUUUAUAUAGAAAGAUAAAAUGUGCACACGUGAGAGAGAGAUAGCGAGGUAGAUAGCCAUGGAUAAACCUAUAGGGGAUGCUUUCCUAUUCUUAUAGUUUUGUAUGUUGUCUAUUUUUUAAGUAUCUGUAGAAGGAAUGUGUUUAAUAUUUCAAGCGUCCACAAAGUUUCUUAACGAGACCAUAAUGGAGUUCAUAAUACCAGGAAACUAUUGUUAAUGUCUAAGUGGUGCUCUUGAUAUCUUAGUGUUCUGAAUAAAGUCAUUGAUAUAUAUA